UUAAACUGCGCACACCCAUUUCCAAACUCUUCCACUGUUUACAAAACAUCCGACUGUGUGCGCUGCAAAAACAACCUUAUUUUGUUAACAUUAACUUUGAUAGUGAAAUGCGAUGGGGGACUUCCGUGUAAUGGGGUCCAGUCGGAUACAGUUUGUACUGUUCUGCACUAUAGUCAGAUCUGUGAUCAGCACGGGCUUAGGAAGAUGUCCAAUUUAUCCACAAUUCCCUGAAUAUGAUAUUACUCGUAUGACGGGCACGUGGUACGAGGUGGAGCGUUCCUUCCACCUCAUGGAGAUAGCUGCGAGCUGCACUGAGCUGGAUGUGAUGCUCAAUGAACGAGGGUAUCUGCUAAUCACCGUCAACACUAUCAAUAGGUGGACCGGCAGCCACGGGACCAGCCACGGCCUCGGCAUCCCGAGCCAUGACGGCGCGUCCUCGUUCCGCUAUAAGCUCAACAACCGUAUGCCAUACAUCAUCGGCCGCCUGCUGCCCGGCGCCGGGCAGUACAACGUGCUGUUCACCGACUACGACAAUUUCGCCAUACUCUGGUCUUGCACCAACUUGAGCGUCGCGCACUCCGACCGCAUGUGGGUUCUGGGACGCAGUCGAGACAUGGAGGCCGCCAUGCGCGCGCAGGUCUACGGCAUCCUUCAAGAGCUCCGGCUGGACCCUGACCGCCUCAUCCUCGCCAAGAACCACAACUGCAGCGUCACCGACGCAGAGCUGUACGGACAGUUCGAGGAAACGACUGAAAUAAAUUAACUCUUUAUUUAUUGACUGCC